AGCCCAGCAUGCUCGCUUUCAGUCCUGAAGAGAAUAAAGUGUGCAGUGCCCUUGUAACCUGUCAGAAAUCAGAGGUGGUACAGUCGGUUCCGGAGCACCAGCAGAGGAGAGAGGGUAGGAGUGUCCGGCUUAGAGUGUCACAAUUCAGGGACGUCAGGAAGCUUGCCCCCGGCUCCCAUUAAUGAUCCCCGGCAUGUGGAACUGCGUUCUCCUUGAAUGACCUACACACAACCUAUUGCACGAGUCCUGGACGUCGUUUCAUCUCAGUUGAACCACCUGCCGGAGAGGAGCUGCAGCGGGCGGUCUACACAGCGGGCAACAAGUCGAAGCGAGUCUCUGGCAGGCCUCGAGCUGACUGUGGAGCAGCUGACCUGGACAACAAUCAUUUCGGGGGGCAGCCUCAGAAGGACCGGACAAGAGCUACAAGUUUCAGAGUCAGCGUUCAAUGCUUGAGGCCGACAAUUAAGGAGAAGGGGCAGUGCAGAAUUUCUCGAGGGUAUCGGCGUUCACAUGAUGUACACAAUCACCAGAGGUCCCAGCAAACUCGUUACACAACGGAGGACAGGUAACACUCAGCAGGUCGAGAGCAAGUUCGGCGACUUGAAACUGAAGCCGACGUCCUGGAUCACGUCAAACUCUCCUCCUCCAAAGAUCGUGUUCAAUCGCCUCAACGGGAAACGGUACCACAGUGCGGCCGCACAGAAGUCUGAAAGCCCAGUGGAGGGAUUCACUCCUGCACACGAGGAGAAUGUCCGAUUUGUAUACGAAGUGUGGCAGGAGGUGGAGCAGAAGCUGGAGGACGGCGGCAGAGGGGAGCUGGCUGGCAGCCAAGGGCCCGUUCAGUACUCCGAGAAGACCCCGAGUGCUGCGAUGAAGAACUUUGUGCCCAUAGACCUGGAGGAGUGGUGGGCUCAGCGCUUCCUUGCCAACAUUGCCAACCUCUCAUGACUGUGAUGAGGCAUCGAGCCGGGACGAGGAGAUGCACCGCGCUGAUGCAUCCGGAACUUGCCACACGGGUGGAAAGGAGGCGAGCCCGUCUUUGGGAUCUGUAGCGUUGUGUCUAAUUUGGAAUGUGAUUUGAUGCCUCGUGCUUCACAACUGCUGUCGAGAAACCUGAGUGCACAACGAUGCAAACACAGCGACCUGACUGGGAACUCUUGACAGCAUUGACUUUAUGUUGUGCUGCUCUAACGGAGCUCUCUCUCUCUCUCUCCCCCUCUCUCUCUCUACUUGAAUGAUGUAUCAGAAGCUAUGAGAUCUUCCCCUUGUUCAACAACCUGCUUCCUUUCUCAAGUGUGUUCAGCUCUGCGAGCAUCUUGGUUAAUCUUUGGAUAAGGAAAAACAAAAAAAAAACACACAAAAUGCCUUUUCAACAACUUCUGUGAGAUUGCAUUUCUUUGCGCUUAACUGGCUCAUAUUUUGUUGUUGCAACACAUAACACCUGACUGUUGUGCAAUACAACACACUGAAGAUUAACUUUGUAUCACUGGGCGGACAAAGUGUAAUAUCAACUUUAUUACAUCAAGUGGUUUUGCUGUUUUGAAAUUUUUAAAUCAAAAGCCCUUUUCAGAUAUAACUUUACUGGCUGUUAAAGUGACAGUUUGGUCAUUCAGACAGACAUGUGACAGUAUUGGAAAGACUGACUAUAAUCAGUAUAAACUUAGUGGAUGGCAACUUUUUAAUGUUAGUGACAAUGGAGAGGAGAACAAAGAGCAGGGUGUACGUGACAUGUUGUGCUGUUCAGGCUGUUCUUCUUUGGGCUGAUGUGUAAAUGUUACUCUUUCUUAAAAUUCCUGUCAUGACUUUUAUGGAAAAAGUGACCCAGGUGCUCAUUUCGGACACCUUGUAAGGUGCAACAGGAGUGCAUGUCUGAAGGGGGCUAAAGCAGCCAUUUGUCAACCCCACACUACAGCCGUCAUUAAUCUGAUUUAUUUUCUUAAUAAAUGCAACAUUGGGGGG